AUGGCAGAGAGAAAGGGGAAAACGGCAAUCCCUGCCAAAAUACUAUCAAAGAAAGAACAACAGGAGCUCAAAAAGAAGGAGGAGGAGAAGGCAGCAGAAGUUUUUGAAGAAUUCUUGGCAACAUUUGAACCAAGCAACAAAAGUGGAGGAAAGACCUUUGUUCAUGGUGGAACAGUAAAUCCAGCAAAAGGAGGAGACGAGGCCAAAUCAGAGCGACUUUAUCGACCCACAUCGAGGUUUGCCCCACAGUAUGUUGCCCCACUGCCACCUCCAGAAAGUAAAAGGCCUACAUUCAAAAAGAAGGUGGAAGAAAAAAAGAAAAGUAACCUUGAGCUAUUCAAGGAAGAACUAAAAAUAAUACAGGAAGAGCGUGAGGAAAGACAUAAACGAAGGGGAGACUCAGGAGGGCAAGGAGGAGAUAUUCCAGUGCCAUUUACAGCUCGAGCAACUGCAUUAUAUGACGACCCCACGGCACCCAUCAGCACUAACCUCUAUAUUAGCGCCAUAAGCCCAAAGAUGAAUGAGGAGAUACUAUGUAAAGAGUUUGGCAAAUAUGGACCUCUGGCCAGUGUGAAGAUCAUGUGGCCCAGAAACGAUGAGGAACGUAACAGAACGUCUAAUCGAGCAUUUGUGGCCUUCAUGACUAGGAAAGACGCAGAGAGGGCUUUGGCUUCACUCGAAGGCAAAAUUAUUAUGGGUUUUGAAAUGAAGCUGGGAUGGGGUAGACCUGCUCGUAUCCCGCCUCAACCAUUGUACACACCAAUGGGAGUAAGGACGAUCCCGCCUCCUCCACCUUCUGGACUGCCCUUCAACGCACAGCCUCGGGACCGUUUCCGCAAUGAUUUCACCAAACCACUUGGCAGUUCAAAAGCAGAAUUUGAAAAGAGUUUGGCGGAAGCCAUUGUCAAAGUAAUUAUACCGAGCGACAGAAAUCUUUUAUUUUUAAUCCACCGGAUGAUAGAGUUUGUAGUGAGAGAAGGCCCAAUGUUCGAAGCCAUAAUAAUGAACAGGGAGAAAAACAACCCGAAGUAUAGAUUUCUUUUUGACAACAAAAGCCAAGAUCAUGUGUACUAUCGAUGGAGACUGUACUCUAUCCUGCAUGGAGAGACUCCUAGUAAAUGGAAGACGGCAGAUUUCCGUCUGUUUCGUGGAGGUUCACUUUGGAGACCUCCGAUCCUCAAUGACUUCUCACACAGAAUAGAAGAUGAAGCAGAAACCGAGGGCGUGGCUCCCCCACAAGAGGAGGAGGAGGAGGAGGAAGAGGAGGUGAAGAAAGGCCAGCUCAAAGCUAGGUUCAAGCUAAAACUGGAGGAGAUGCUUAAAGAACUCACCCCUCGGAGACAGGAUAUUGGAAAUACGAUGGUGUUUUGUCUACAGAGGGCCGAUGCUGCAGAGGAGGUUGUGGCGCUCAUAGCAGAAUCUCUGUCAAUGCUGGAGACGCCUCUUCAGAAAAAGAUUGCCCGAUUAUAUCUUGUGUCAGACCUUUUACACAACUCCUGUGCCAAAGUAGCUGGUGCGUCACAUUAUCGUAAAUAUUUUGAAUCAAAGUUAAUGCAGAUAUGUGGGGAUCUCUGUGCAUCACAUAAAACUAUACAAGCCAGAUUGCAGGCGGAACAGUUUAAGCAAAAAGUCAUGAAUUGUUUCAGAGCAUGGGAGGAAUGGGCUAUCUACCCUGAGCAAUACUUAAUCUAUCUACAAAACAUAUUUUUGGGCUUUGCUAAACCAGAAGAGGAGGUUGUAGAAAUGCCAAAAGAGCGACCCUGCGAUCUGGAUGGUGCUCCCAUAGAUGGGUUACCGUUGAGCAGAGCAGAUGAACUGGACGGCUGUCCACUGGGCUGGGACCCUCUAGAUGGAGAGCCGGUUGAUGAUUUAGACGGUGUUCCUUUAGGGACUUCCAUUGAUGACAUUGAUGGGCUUCCCUUGGAGGAUGGUCCUCACAGCAGAGUGCCUUUGUCUAAGUGGGAGCAGAUGGGUGAUUCAAGCAUAGUUUCAUCAGUUAAGACGUCUUCAAAGUGGGAUAAUGUGGAGGAGCAAGAACAUAAGAGUCAACAAAAAAAGAAAAAUGGCGGUACUGAUGACUCGGACAGUGACAGCAGUGAUUCCUGCUCCUCGUCUUCCAAAUAUGAAAGUGCAGACUUCCAGAGCUCUCUAAAAAGUUUCCAAAUGUCUGAGAUCAAGAGAAAGCGAUUGAGGGAGUUGGAGGUGAAAGUUUUGAAGAUGCAAGAUGAACUGGAGUCAGGGAAAAGGCAAAGGAAAUCUGGGAUGAGCAUACAGCAGCAAGUGGAAUACUACAGGAACAAGCUUCUACAGAGGGAAUUUGAUAAAGAAACUGUAAAUAGUAAGACAUCCACAACAAAAGAGAAAUCAAAAGACGAUAGAAGGAGAGAGGAAAGUCGACGUGGCAGAAGUAAAGAUUCAGACGGGAGAAGAUCCACAAAGUCCAGAUCGAGGUCGAGGUCACCUAAACGUUCCAGGCGCUCUCGAACCCCAUCUCCAAACUACAGACGAGAAAAAUCACGGUCUCGAUCACCGCAUCGGUCGCAUAAAAAAACGAAGAAAAGCAAACAUUGA